CUCCCUCCUCCCCUUCCCCUCUCCCCUCCAUCCUCGCCUCUCUCCCUCUCUCCUCGCCCGCUGGGUGCUGAAGUUGGGCGGAUGGCAGCAAACCCGCUCCGCUAGAGGACCGAGCAGCCCAGCCUUGCGCCCCCGGACCCAUCGGUGCGCUGCCCACACCUCCAGGCGACGGGCCAGUUGGGUACUGAAGCAGCUGAAAUGCGAAAAAGACAGCAGUCACAAAAUGAAGGAACACCUGCUGUGUCCCAAGCGCCUGGAAACCAGAGGCCCAACAACACAUGUUGCUUUUGCUGGUGCUGUUGCUGCAGCUGCUCCUGCCUCACUGUUAGGAAUGAAGAAAGAGGAGAAAAUGCAGGAAGACCCACACAUACCACCAAAAUGGAGAGCAUACAGGUCCUAGAGGAAAGCCAAAACCCCACUUCAGAUGAAGUGUUGUCCUGGUCUCAAAAUUUUGACAAGAUGAUGAAGGCCCCAGCAGGAAGAAACCUUUUCAGAGAGUUUCUCCGAACAGAAUACAGCGAAGAGAACCUACUUUUCUGGCUUGCGUGUGAAGACUUAAAGAAAGAGCAGAACAAAAAAGUAAUUGAAGAAAAGGCCAGAAUGAUAUAUGAAGAUUACAUUUCUAUACUAUCACCAAAAGAGGUCAGUCUCGAUUCUCGAGUUAGAGAGGUGAUCAAUAGAAAUCUGUUGGAUCCUAAUCCUCACAUGUAUGAAGAUGCCCAACUUCAGAUAUAUACCUUAAUGCACAGAGAUUCUUUUCCAAGGUUUUUGAACUCUCAAAUUUAUAAGUCAUUUGUUGAAAGUACUGCCAGUUCUACUUCUGAAUCUUAAUUUUCAUUAAAAAAAAAAAAAUCAUUUUGGAGGGCUGGGAUGGGAAAUAGAAGUAGUUCACUAACACCAGAAGCUGAGUUCCUGGAGAACUACAGUUUAGCAUUCCUCAGGCUACUGUGAAAAUACAACCAUAUGGUCUUUGUCUCCAUUUUUAUCAAGGUUAUCCAUGGUUAAGUUUGGAGAAAAUACCACAUAAGACAAUGAAUUGCCAAAUUGUUUGUUUUCUUCAACACUCAUUCUACUUGCAAGCAAACUGUAUUUGUAGUCCUGUGAACAGUCUCCUAGUGUAUCCCCCGAGGCUGCAUGUACAAAGUAGAGCUGCUUCAUUUGCCACGUAGCUGUUGUAAUAUUUAAUCCAAUGGCAUAACUUAUAUCCGUGUUUAAGGACUUUUGUGCAAUAUGGUCUUAUAGAAAUAAUUGCCAAAAAAUUGGCUGUGGUUUGCAUUUUUAAAUAUAAUCUAAGACAGAAAAAGCCAAUUUUUUAGUUGUAACAAUGGUAUUAAACAUGCUCUAUACUGUGUUCAGUACACUCAUUUUGAAGCCGAUAUUUCUGUACUUGGAAAAAGAGCUAUUUAUCUAUGUUUGUUGGGAAAUCCUGAUGGGGGAUUCCUCUGGUUGUUCACUGCCAAAACUGUGGCAUUUUCUUUACAGAAUAGUUUGCUAUGUAAACAAAACAAAACAAAACAAAAAUUUAAAAAAACCCAACAAACAACAAAUAAUAAGAAGAGAAAAAAAGCACAAAACAAUUUGAAGAUAUUCUAUCUCAAUGACAAAUCAGAGUGAUAAUUGUUUUUAAUUGUAAUAGAACACAAUUAAUCUAUGUAUAUAUCAGAUGUCCGAUACUGUAAUUAAUUUAUUAAAGACUGGCUCUCCAGUUCUAAAAUGGUUGUGUAAAGUAUGUACUUCAGCAAGAAAAAAAAUACUAAGCUCGAUAACUUAGUUUUGGAAUAUAAAAAAAAAGAUUUAAUAAAGGAAUGCCUACAUGUAGCAUCAUAAAAUAUUUUGAUGAGUAGCAUCUGUCCUGUGGCAUAUUUUCCUUGAAAGCAAAGUCUAAUGAAAAGCUAGGUUUUUAACUGAGAAAAGUUUUGUAAGGGUUACGCAGAAGAUAAUUCUCUACUUCAGACCUUAACUGUUUUCAUAGUAUCUUCAGAAUGACUUAUUUUAAAAAUGUUAAAACCAAACUAUUAAUACUCAUCCAUAAUUGAAAGGCAGGACAGUGCUCAAAUCUUCUAGCUGCCAUAUUAUUUUUUAUAAGUACCACUAAAUCUUUAAGACAAAAUACUUGCCUGACAUUGGCAUAUACUUUUGACAUUCAAGAAAACAGUAUCCUAUCAUGCACACACACAAAAAGUCAGUGUCAUAUUUAUAUCAAGGUGUUACAUUUGAAUAUUAAUAUCCCCUGGAGGCUAUUUUUUUAAUCUUAAACUUAAUAAAUAUAAUAUUGAGUAACCUAACAUGAAAGUUUUAAAAAUAUUUAUAUCCACUGAGAAUACUGGGCCUUAUAUUAAGGAUGAUAUUAAAAUUAUAGGUUUUCUUUGCCAUUUUUUAACUACCUCUCAUUUUUUAAUUUAUUAAACAUUUUUAAAAUAAACAAGUUUGGGGUUUUCUUUUUAAAUUUUAUUUUACUUGAAAAGCUGGCAUCGUAAGUUUCUUUUUCCAUAAACUUAAAACAUUUCAAGAAUUGUUUUUUUAAGUGAAUUUGAUUUUCUAAUUUAUAUAGAAUUCAGGAGAUAUGGUUAAAAGGGCUAUUAUCUAUUCCCUAUGCAAAUAUUUUAACUGUUGCAGUGUUUGACAAAAUGGGAUUAAAAAAAAAGUUUGCAGAGUAGAAAACAAAAUGUUCUGUUUACACUGGCGUUGCUGACUAUCCUAUCAUAUUCAGCACUUUUAAAUACAUUAUUUAUGAAAAUGUAGUUAAAAUACAAGAUAGGAAAUAUUUAUAAUAAUCAUUUCUUUUAACAAAUGCCUGUUUUUGUCUGAAAGUGUUAGUGUGUUAAGACAUACUUUAUCAAUGUCAGUAGAUAUUUACUAUUUGAAUAGUUUUCAGUAAUAUGUUAAAGAAAGAUAGCUAUGAAGAUGUUUACAAAAAGUCCUAUUUUUUCCAAAAGAGUGAAGAAAAACCUAAAAGAAUCAUCACUUCUAUUGUGAAGUUCUAUUGUUCCUAAAUUAUUUAAUUUUUUCUUGAUUAGAAUUGAGUUUAUUAUGCUUCUAUGAUGUAUACACCUAUAUGUUGUAAUAUCACACUUGUUGCUAUGUUUGAGGCACAAUAAAUUGGUGCACAUGACUAGAAAAUAUGUAAUAUACUAUGAUACACAGCAUGCGUCAAUCUUUUUAAAUGUAGACUUUAUAUUCUUGUUGUUACUAUAUAUGAUGGUGACCUGCUAGUCAUAAGUUAUCUUUAUAAGAUACUUUGGACUAUUAGAUGAAUUGUCUGUUUGACAAUACCUUUAAUAUUUUACCAAAUGUAAAAGAUAAGGACCCUUCUAAAGAGUCCUAAUCUCUAACCUGGGCAUUUGUAGAAUACAGACUUUGAAGUUAGUGUAUCCUUUUGAAACCUGAUUAGGAAGUUGCAUUGAGAAUGAUUCUAGACGAGAUUUACACAUUGGAUACUGGUAACCAUGUUAUGUGAGCAUUUCUGCGCUAAAUUCCUAUGGAGGGGGGAGGGUUUCUCAUUUAAUUUCAAAUCGUUCAAAGUUUCUAUCUAAGAGUAUGUAUAUUUGCAACUCUACCAAUUUUUAAAAUAUGGUAUAACUCCUUCUGUUUUAAAUACAGAGCUAUAAUAAACAAAAAUCCCCCAACUGGUGUCUAUGCUACCAUUCCAAGAGCACAAUAUUUGUUAUGGUAGAAUUUGAUUUUUCCUAGUGAAUAUAUUCCUCCCAGGGGAAAAAUUAGCACUUUAGAAGGUACACUUUGUGUUUCAGAUCGUCAGGACAUCUUUGUGUACUGUUAAAAUCUGCUAAUGCACACAGAAAGAGCUUAAUGCUCUUUCUAUAGUGCCUAAAUUCAGAUGUGUCUAUAAUGGAAAGAAAAGUAGAGGAUAUAGAUCAUACAUAAAUACAUGUAACUAAAUUGGAGAGCCAGACUUCUUCAGAGAUGGAUCUUGUAACAUAGAUCACACUAAUAAUGGCCAGAUGACGCUUCUUCUUUACUCUGGAUAAUUGUUAUUAUGUUACCCAAAGGUAAUAAAGAUGCCCCGACAGAGUUAGAGGGCAGCUCUAAGCACAAUGGGUGCGCUGGCAUAUGAACAAUAGCAAAACACAAUUUUGAUAUCAACGUUAUGGAGCGCAAAAAUCAAGACCAUAAUAUGGUCUUUUUUUUUAAUCUUAAAAUAUGUACAUAGGAUGACCAGUUCUGAUAUUUGGUCAUGGUGCAUGGGUGUUUAUUAGUAUCCUUUAAUGCUGCCUAGGUUCUUACUUACAGAAUGAAAUGUAUAUCAUAUAUUCACCUGAUAGUUCAGUUUUGCAAAAGGACUAUAGAAAUAGGUAAAUAAUAUUUAUAUAUUAGGGGCAAAAAUACAUUUUCACCCCAUUAAGCUGAUUUAAAAUAAAACCCAAUUCUUAAUUUUGAACUUACCCAUUUGUUUCUAUACACUUUUAACAUAUUGAAAAAAUGUCAUAUCAUAACUGUGACAAAUUAUAUUUGCAAAAAAUACAACAUAUCAGAUGCUUUGAGGAAUAGAUAUACACGAAAGAAAUUUUAAAUACAAUCAGAAAUAGGAAAAUAAGAACUCUUUCAAAAGCCACCUACAGUUUCUUAGAUCUUAAAAUGCCUAUAUAGAACCCUAUCAAACAUUAAUUUUAAAAACUUUGCACUGGAUACAUUGGCAAAUUAUUUUGAAAGGUAGUAAAGAUAUUUUCUUGUCUGUGUAUUUAUAUUGACAGCUUAUGACCGUAAUUUUCAAAAUAAUAUUAAGCAUUUAUAUUUGCAUGCUCUUUUCAAUUCUUUUUAAGUUUCUGACCAAUAUAAAAUGCUUAUUCUUCUGAGAAAACAGUAUUUAAUCUGUAGAAAUUUUAGUUAUUCCUCACUUGCUACAACUGCAAAUAUUUAUCAAUAAAACUGAUAACCAAAAACUUGACUUCUCAUCUCCCUGUAACAUUCUUAAUAGUAUCCUUGCAACACACGAUUGUGCACAGAUUGAUCUUUUUGUUCCCAAAUGCCAGACUUUAAUUUUAAAUUUGAUUUCAAGUGACAUGUCUGUGUCAUAUGACUUUGGGCAAAUAUUCUAUUGAACCUCUCUGAGCCUGUUCCCUCAUCUUCAAAUGAGAAACAGAAUACUUUAUUUACAGGGUAGGCAUGAGAAUUAAAUAAUGUAAACAUGGAAAGAAUGAAGUGUUACAUAUAACAUUAUUAUUUUAUCAGUGUUCUCCAGCUCAAUAAUUAUUCCUAUUUCAAGAAUGUUAUGAAUUAGAUGCCACUGUAAUGCACUUUUCCCAUAUUCUUUUGAAACCAUACUUUAAAAUCUGAUUUAAUUAUUCAUCCAAAAAAAAACA